CUUAGAUUUAUGUAGUGUUUGAUUAAAGGUUCCAGACAAGGUUGAGCUAUGAUGACUUGGAGGGUUUACCUCUUUCUGCUGGUUUCUUUAAUCCAACUUUUUGGCAUUACAGGAUUCACAAACAACGAUGAUUUAUGUGCAGUCAUCCUCUUGAGAAAGGUCUGGACAGUAUCUUCAUGUAUAGGCUUGCAAACUUGAUACAUUUAUGCUCGGAAUCAAAUGCAGUUGUUGCUUUAAAGUCUCUAAAAGAUGAGUGGCGUAAUGCACCUCCAAGUUGGAAAAGUGACGAUCCUUGUGGAAAAUGGGAUGGAAUCAGCUGCAACAACAGUCGUGUUAUUUCCAUCACAUUGGCAAGCAACAACUUGCAAGGUCACCUAUCAUCGGAUGUCUCAGGAUUAACUGAAUUGCAGGUUCUGGACCUGUCCUAUAACAAAGAGCUGACUGGAUCACUUCCUCCGUCACUUGGAAACUUGAAGAACCUGAAGAGCUUAAUUCUUGUUGGCUGUGGAUUUACUGGAAAAAUUCCGGCAUCUCUUGGAUCUUUAGAACAAUUGGCUAUUUUGUCUCUGAAUUUAAACAAAUUCAUUGGUGAGAUACCACCAGAACUUGGCAAUUUAUCAAAUCUUAAAUGGCUGGAUUUGGCUGAUAACCAGCUCAGUGGAAGUAUCCCUGUCUCGCCUGGUCUUGAUUCUCUUCUCCACACAAAGCACUUCCACUUAGGGAAGAAUCAACUGUCUGGUGAAAUACCACCCCAGCUGUUGAGCUCAGAUAUGUCUCUUAUCCAUCUGCUUCUGGACAACAAUCAGCUCACUGGAAGCAUCCCUUCCACACUGGGGCUUGUGCAAUCUCUGGAGGUUGUACGGCUUGAUCGGAACUCUUUAAGUGAGCACGUUCCCAAAAGUUUGAACAACCUCACCUCUGUCCAGGAACUGCACUUAGAAAAUAAUCGCUUGACGGGACCUUUACCCAAUCUAACUGGCAUGGAUGCUCUCUAUUAUGUGGACAUGAGCAACAAUUCGUUUGAUUUAACAGAAGUUCCCCCAUGGUUUUCAACUUUGCAGUCUUUGACUUCAUUGAUAAUUGAAAAGGCAAAUAUUCAAGGGGAGCUUCCACCUGCUUUAUUCACCCUUUCUCAAUUGCAAACAGUCGAUCUAAAGAACAAUCAAAUCAAUGGAACAUUGGACAUUGGUUCCAGCUAUGGCAGCAGCCUUCAUCUCAUUGAUCUACAAAACAAUCGUAUAGAUGCAUUUCUUCAAAGAGGAGGUGGUUAUACAGCGCAGAUAGUACUUGUCGACAAUCCGGUAUGUGAUGGAGAAGGAACACCGAGUUACUGCUCCCCCCAUCAGUUGUCUGAUUCCUCUUACUCAACACCUAUGAGGAAUUGCAUACCUCCUUCCUGUCGUUCAAGUAAAAUAUCUAGUCCAACCUGCCAAUGUGCAUAUCCUUACUCAGGAAACAUCUUCUUUCGUUCUCCUUCCUUCUCAAGCUAUGGAAACAAAAGCCUAUUUGAAUCUCUAGAGAAGGAAAUGAUGAAGACAUUCAGCUCUCAUGGCCAACCUGUGGAUUCAGUUUAUCUAAGUAAUCCCACAAAGAACAGCGACGGCAAUCUGGAACUGAACGUUCGAGUGUUUCCAUCUGGCCAAGAUUAUUUCAAUCGAUCAGGGAUUUCUGGCAUUGGAUUUAUUCUAAGCAAUCAAACUUUUAAGCCCCCUCAUGGAUUUGGUCCCUUUUACUUUGUGGCCAACAUUUAUCCUUACUUUGAAGGAUCAAGAAAGUCUUCAAAUGUGGGCUUAAUUAUUGGAACAUCAGUCGGUGGCUUUGUUCUUGUGGUGUUAGUAGUUCUUGCAGGAGUUUACGGAUUCCGUCAGAAGAAAAGAGCUGAAACAGCUACAAAGAAGAGCAAUCCUUUCGCAACCUGGGAUUCAAAUAGCAAUAGUGGCGGUGUUCCACAGUUAAAAGGGGCCAGAUCUUUCUCGUUUCAUGAACUUAAAAAAUGCACAAAAAACUUCUCUGACGACAAUGAUAUUGGAUCUGGUGGCUAUGGCAAGGUAUACAGAGCAGCUCUUCCUAAUGGACAACUGGUGGCCAUUAAAAGAGCUCAGCAAGGAUCAAUGCAGGGAGCACUGGAGUUCAAAACUGAGAUUGAGCUUCUCUCAAGGGUCCAUCACAAAAAUGUCGUCAGCCUUGUCGGUUUUUGUUUCGAUCAGGGUGAACAGAUGCUGAUCUACGAGUAUAUCCCAAAUGGCACAUUGAAGGAAAGCCUUAUAGGGAGGUCUGGAAUAAGGCUGGAUUGGAUUCGAAGGCUUCGCAUAGCUCUCGGUGUAGCCCGGGGGGUGCAAUAUCUGCAUGACCUGGCAAACCCCCCUAUCAUACACAGGGAUAUAAAGUCGAACAACAUCUUGUUGGACGAGCGCUUGAAUGCCAAAGUCGCCGAUUUUGGCCUCUCCAAGUCAAUGCUCGACUCUGAAAAAGAUCACGUAACCACUCAAGUUAAAGGCACCAUGGGGUACUUGGAUCCUGAGUAUUACAUGACGCAGCAGCUGACAGAAAAGAGCGACGUGUACAGCUUCGGAGUAUUGCUAUUGGAGCUCUUGACGGCGAGAAGUCCGAUAGAAAAAGGGAAAUACAUCGUGCGGGAAGUGAAGGAAGCAAUGGACAAGGGCAAGGAUAUGUACAACCUCGAGAUGAUUCUUGACCCGAUAGUUGUGAGCAAUCCGGCGCCAGGAACUGUCGAGAGGUUUGUUGAUCUAGCGCUGAAGUGCGUGGAGGACUCGGGCAUUAACAGGCCAACGAUGAGUGAAGUGGCGAAGGAGAUAGAGAGCAUCAUGGAGUUCGCGGGGCUGAAUCCUAAUGCUGAAUCUUCGUCGACCUCUAACAGCUAUGAGGAGGCACCCAAACCUGUCCGGCACCCGUAUAGUAAUGAAAGCUUGUUUAGCCACAGCGGAUCGUAUCCGGAAUCCGUCGUCGAGCCGAAGUAGAAUCUGCUGCAUGCAUGCAUGGGGUGUGUUUACUUGCUAAAGCCUUCUUCUUCUUCUUCUUGUUAUACAGAAUGUUGUGUGUGUAUUCUCAGAAGUUUAGGAUUUCAUGACUUGUUUUCUUACUCUCUCCAUUUGUGUUGAUUGUUGAAAAAUUUAUUUUUAUUAUAAGUGAAGAAGGAUUCUUCUCUAA